CCUUCCGGUGCUCUCACCCACCCGACCACCAUGUCUGAACAUCUAAACAGCGAGGAGGAGGACCUCCUUCAGUCCGCACUUUCUACCGCCUUCUCUCCUGCCCCAUUGCCCCGCCAGUCUGUUGGCCCCGACCCGGCUCCAGAGACUGUCUCACAGCCGGCUAACAUCUCUGCACCCGCAGUCCAAGCGCAGGCAGACAUCACCGUUGAGCCCGAGUCAGCCGAUGACGUUUGGAAGGAUGAAUACGAGGCGCAUGUCGCGGAAUGGCGCAGGCGGUCGGCAGAGCAGCGCCAGAAGGCCGAGCAAACGCGCGCAGAGUGGGAGGCCAUCCGCGAGAAGGAGCGCAAGGAGGGCAGGCUGCGACAGAGCGACCUGAGCCUGUCCACGCAUAGCACCAGCGGGUGGGAGAAGCUCACGGCGGGCAGCGCCACGGCUUCGGUUGCUGGUCGCUCGGACUCGCCCAGCCCGGCAGACGUGAGGGAUCUGGUGAGCGGCGAGGGCCAGGGCCGGCAUUCAAAAGAGUAUAUUGAGUCCGCGUUGCCAGGCGAAGCCGGUACGUCCACGUCGACCCCGCCAGAGCACCAACACGAGCACGACCGGUCAGCUUCGCAUCCCGUGUCGGAGACGGAGUCGAAGCAGGACAAGUGGGACUCCAUGACCUCCUCCAUAAACUCCUCCUUCCCGUCCAUGUCCUUCCCGUCCGACCCGCACUCACCCAUCUCGUCUAUACCGCGCAACCUCCCGCCAGCGAACGCGCUCGGUCAUCACCACGCGUCCGCGCACGCACACGCCCACGAGCAUGGACACGGACACCACCACCCUCAUCACCACGAGGAGACGCGAACGGCGACGCUGUCGGUGUUCGACUCGUCGCUGAGCCCGAAGACGCGCGCGCUCGCGCUGCUGUCGAGCGUCGCGAUCAACGUGCUGCUCCCAUUCGUCAACGGAGUUAUGCUGGGCUUUGGCGAGCUCUUUGCGAAGAACGUCGUCAUUCAAUGGCUGGGCUGGAGGGUGCCCGGGACGGCCAGCGCAGCAAGCUCGAGGGGGUCGGGGAGGGUCGCGCUGGGCAGGCGAUAGAAGUUCAUCUAUAGAGGAACGACGUUGGUUACACGCUAACGCUACAUGCUACUAAUGUUCACAUGAUGGUUCC